GAAUACGAUACUGGCAAAUAACAAAACACGUCACACAUUGAAUUCCCAGUUGCUUAUUCCGCCAUUCACAAAGCCCCCCCACACACACUCAAAUUCAUUCAUUCAGUCGCUAAUCUGCAUCAUCAUUUUCAUUCCAUUUCCACCAAUUGAAUUGAAUGCGAAUUCCUCGAGUAGCUAUAAGCUGUUCAGGUUGAAUGAAUUUUUGAUGACAAUGAUGAUGAUGACAUCAACAACACCAACAACAAGGUUAUCUACAAUGAAGCUGAUGAUGUCAUCAUUCCCAACAUCAACUGGCGCUUUGUCUCGCUGCUGCUACUGCUGCUGUCGAUAUGAUUCGUAUUCUCCUCAACUGCGCUUUCCUAAUUUAAGGCUCAAAAAUCUGUAUACAAAAUGCUCUAUGACAGACACUGAAGUCUUCCAUAAUAUUGUCACAGAAGAAGUUCAUCAUGAUUCUUCAGCAGAGGCAUCAAGUUGUACAGUUCCGAUUGUUCAUCUUAAUUCAGAAAUCCAUGAUACUGAAUCAACCAACUUACUGGUGGAAGGCACAUUUGUAGACAUGAUUUUGACAACAUUACCGAUUCUUUCAGAAGAGGAGCAGGAUGUUAUUGCUGCAAUGCCAGCUCAUCCAGCUGGAUUAUACGCAUUAUAUGCUAGUUGCCUAGCUGGCAACUUGGUGGAACAGCUAUGGAAUUUUGCUUGGCCUGCUGCGAUUGCAUUGCUUCAUCCAAGCCUUCUUCCAGUUGCAGUCAUGGGUUUUUGCACCAAGGUUGCUGUUAUCGCUGGAGGCCCAUUAGUUGGCAAACUUAUGGAUUUAUUUCCCCGAGUACCUGCAUAUAAUUUUUUGACUACUGUACAGGCAUGUGCUCAACUGUUGUCAGCCGGGAUGAUAAUCCAAGCACAUUUGGCUCAUGCAUCACUUGAAACCUCUGUGCUCAGGUGUCCUUGGUUUAUAAUAUUAGUAUUAGCAGGGGCAGUUGAGAGGCUAUCUGGACUGGCUUUGGGGGUUGCAGUGGAACGUGAUUGGGUUGUUCUGUUAGCAGGAACGAACCGACCGAUUGCUCUUGCUCAAGCGAAUGCUAUUCUGAGUCGUAUCGAUCUCCUUUGUGAGAUUGCUGGAGCAUCACUAUUUGGCAUCCUUUUAUCUAAAUAUGAAACAGUAACAUGCUUGAAGCUUGCUGCCGCUUUAAUGAUGUGGGCAUUGCCUGUUGUGAUUGGUCUCACAUGGUUGACCAACAAGCUUUCCUCUGGUGUCCUUGACCGUGCUAAAUGUCCGCAAACAUCCUGCAGAACUUUCUCCGGAGAACUAAUCCCUCAAGUUCAUAAUCUAGUGGAGAUCAGUAUGGCUGCUAUCAAACACGGAUGGGAUGAAUAUAUUCAACAGCCAGUUCUUCCCGCUAGCCUAGCCUAUGUACUUCUUUGCUUUAAUGUUGUUCUGGCUCCAGGUGGUCUAAUGACAGCAUUCCUGACACAACAUGGUUUAAGCCCGACUCUUAUUGGGGGCUUUAGUUGCUUAUGUGCUUUUAUGGGUGUUGGAGCUACAUUGAUGUCUGCUCAAAUGGUGAAGCAACUUGGCAUAUUAAAGGCUGGAGCAGCUGGACUCAUAUUUCAAGCUUCACUUCUUACGGUGGCAGUUGCUGUGUAUUGGAGUGGAGCUCUUUCAAAGCAAACGGCACUUCUAUUCUUUCUUGGUUUUAUAGUGUUAUCUAGAUUGGGACACAUGUCAUACGAGGUAGUUGGAGCACAGAUUCUACAAACAGGAAUCCCACCUUCUAAAGCAAAUCUGAUUGGGGCAACAGAGGUUUCUAUCGCGAGUUUAGCAGAAUCAAUAAUCUUGGGCGUUGUUAUAAUCGCAAAUGAUGUUUCACAUUUUGGAUUUUUGGCUAUGCUUUCCCUUCUGUCAGUGGUGGGAGCAGCAUGGUUGUUCUGCCACUGGUUAAACAAUCCAACAGAUGUACAAAGAAGUCUUUUCUCUUUCUAACCUAAAAUUCUUUUUUUCCAUUGCAAGUAUAUUUCCAUUGGGUAUACUAAUUGUAGUACACAUUCAUGUAUUAGUAUCAGUUGUGGGGUUUAUAGAGUAAAAGUUUCUUAGUUGUAUUACUGUAUAUUCUAGAUUGGCAGCCAAUUUGGUUGGACAAAUGUGAAGUGCUCGAUAUUCAUUUGUUGAGGCGAUGAAUCAUUUUCUUAUUAAAUGAUCAAAAGUGAUUAAACUGUGGUA